AGUUGGUUCGCCCCGUUGCUGUGCGCCUCUGGAUCGAGAGUAGAGCAGUGCGAUUGAGAGGAGCUGCGCGCGUGCGGUCGCUCUUCAGCUUUGAACAAUCUGACCUGAUGAAAAUGUUUCAGUAAAACCACGACCUGCUCUUUCAAUUAUGUGACAGUCGGCUGUUUCCACUGUACACCGCGUCUGGACCGCUUAGGGAAUCAGUCGAGGAACAUUUUCAAGCCUCAAAGAGCCCAGCUGAUUGAGAGACUCGUGCGUCCUGCUUACCUGCACAGUGCAUGACCGACCCCUCCGUAGAUGCAAAUGGCUUGCUGUCUGAAGGACGAGCUCUUGUGUUCCAUUUGUCUGAGCAUUUAUCAAGACCCUGUCAGUUUCGGCUGCGAGCACUACUUCUGCCGUAAGUGCAUCACUGAGCACUGGAGCAGACAGGAGCAUCACGGGGCGCGAGACUGCCCGGAGUGCAGGAGGACCUUCACGGAUCCCCUUCUGUCCCCGAGCCUGAAGCUCUCCAACAUCGUGGAGAGGUAUGCCGCUUUCCCUCUGGACGCCAUCCUGAACGCCCAGAGGAACUCGUACCCGUGCAAGGACCAUGAAAAGGUCAAGCUCUUCUGCUUAAGUGACAAGAGCUUGGUGUGCUUCUUCUGUGAUGAGCCUGCCUUACACGAACAGCACCAAGUCACCACCGUUGACGAGGCUUAUGAGGAAAUACAGAGGGAGAUGAAGGAGCAGCUGGCGACUCUACAGGACAGUGAGAAGGGUCAUACGGAGGCUUUGCAGCUACUGCAGAGACAGCUCACCGAAACCAAGAGGGAGAUGAAGGAGCAGCUGGCGACUCUACAGGACAGUGAGAAGGGUCAUACGGAGGCUUUGCAGCUACUGCAGAGACAGCUCACCGAAACCAAGGAAGGCUUUGGAAGCAGUUCAGACUAA